ACGCACUCCACCAAUUAAUUUUACUAGAUAUUGCACAUGACGAAAUUAAUUCUUUUUAAUACGAUCAAAAUCAAAUUAGCUCCACACUCGAGUUACAUUUAAAUACCAUAUUUUGACGAGCAAAAUAAUACAUUUAACUCCAAUAAAGACUGAAUAGAUAAAUACUUUAUAGUACUAAAACAUUAUCAAAUUACUAGAACUGAAUUUACGACUUAAACAAAGCUCGACAUGAUUGAUGACAAAAUAAACUAAACUAGUGAAUUUUGAAGCAAGUUUCAACGAGGAAUCUCACUCUACAUAAUAAAUUAAACACAUGCAUGCUGCAAUCUUAUUUUGAAGAGCAUCCAGCUUAAUAAACAACAAUCGCAAGCUACAUUAGCAGCUCGAUUUCGAUGCUAAAUACGUGUAACAUAAAACUCACAUUAAAGAAUUACUUCAAGAGUUCAAGUUAUUCAAGAACUCAACAAAUGUGAGCACCCAUUGUGUUCAUUCACCACAACUCGAUUCUAAAAAAAAAAAAGGAAUAAAAGAAAAGAAAAAACAAUAAAAUCAUCUUUUUUAAAAAGAUAAAAAAGGGAAAAAGAGAAAGAAAAAGGAAAGACAAAAUAUGGAGCUUCCGACAGAAAAUGAUGUAGAUAUGGGUAAGGUUUGAGGUUGCAAGUUUCAACUCAAGAACAGUAAGGUCAGCUGAGAAAUCAUUUGAAAAUCAAGAGUUCAGUGUGAAACAUUCUUAUUUUAUCAGAUCAAAACAUCUCUGCAUCUCCCUCAGAUUCAUACAAAAGUAGGUUAAGGAUGACAAGUGUCGGCUCAUUCCAGCCAUUAGCAAAAUCUCCAAAAAACAUACACACAAUAAUCCCACUUUCAUGCAACUACGUGGAACCUCACUUCACCAACCAAGAUUAUUGAGCUAUAUGCUCACACUCCCUCAACUCACACAUGCACUAAAGCUAGAAGCAGUCUUACCUCCUAUAAAAGCUGGCCAUGCCCACACCUCUCAAAGCUACGAAGCACGCCUUUUGAGAACUCAUACAUGAUCAAACAGGACAAGAACGAGGGGGCCGGGACCGGGGCGAGGUAUAUUGGCGUGAGGAGGCGGAAAUGGGGGAGGUGGGUGUCCGAGAUUCGUGAGCCGGGUAAAAAGACGCGUAUAUGGUUGGGGAGUUUCGACACACCUGAGAUGGCAGCCGCGGCCUACGAUGUCUCCGCAUGGUACCUGAGAGGGCCCGAUGCCCGCAUCAACUUCCCGGAGCUGGUGGAGAGCCUCCCGAAGCCGGCUAGCGCUGACGCGGAUGACAUCCGCCAGGCGGCUCAGCUGGCGGCCAUGCGGUUGGGUGGUGUGGAGCAGAAUGUCGGCUCUGGCGGGGAAGCUGUCCCAGCGAGGGUGAAGCUUUCGCCUAGUGACAUUCAAGCCAUCAAUGAAGCGCCACUCGACUCGCCUAAAAUGUGGAUGGAGCUGGCAGGGCCGUCGGGCGUCGAAGAACCUGUCAGUUAUGGUGAGAUUGAGAUGGAGGAAUGGGAUGAAACAGAAACCUAUUCCAUUUGGGACUGAUAUAUAUACAUAUACAUACACAUAUUGUAUUAUUGUGCGUGCAUGUGUUGGCUGAUGGCCAUUUUUUAGAUAGAGAUUGGUAUUGUAGCAGAGAGAUGGUAUAUUUUCAUAAACCAUGCAUCUGCAUAAAAGAAUUCAUAUUUGACUAGCAUGUGAGAUAAGGAUCUUACAUUAUUUGUUUCCAUUUCCAAAGGCCACUUUUUAGGCCACAUUUCUAACAAGAAUUUAUUGUAUCUCUAUCGUUUGAGAACCUAAUGAAAGCUAAUAUGUAUCUUUCUGUUGCUCAA